AUGGCUCAAAGCAAGAGCGCCGCCUAUGAUUAUCUCAUAAAACUUUUGCUAAUUGGUGACUCAGAACUAUCUUUCGCUCUUCCAUCUUUCGUGAACGCAUCUCUACCGAGCUUUAUACUUCUUCGCGUUGGUAAAAGUUGCCUGUUACUUCGUUUUUCUGAUGACUCGUUUACCCCUUCUUUUAUCACUACUAUCGGAAUCGACUUUAAAAUCAGAACGAUCGAAUUGGACGGUAAACGAAUCAAACUCCAGAUUUGGGAUACUGCAGGUCAAGAGCGUUUCCGUACUAUCACAACCGCUUACUAUCGUGGUGCUAUGGGUAUACUUUUAGUAUAUGAUGUCACCGAUGAACGGUCUUUUAAUAAACAGCAUGCUAGUGAAGGUGUUAAUAAAAUCCUUAUUGGUAAUAAAUGUGACUGGGUUGAGAAAAAGGCAAUUACUAAAGAACAAGGUCAGCAACUCGCCGACGAAUUUAAAAUCAAGUUUUUAGAAACUAGUGCCAAGGCUAAUAUUAAUGUGGAAGAGGCUUUCUUUACUUUGGCCAGGGACAUUAAGAAGAGAUUGAUUGACUCACACGCACAUGAGCAGCAGAAAGCUCAAAAUCUUGACAAAGUUAAUAUAGAAUCCAAAUCUAAAUUUACUAGUGGUUGUUGUAACUAG